AAGUUUCUCUACUCAAAAUAGACAAACACGAGUUACGAGGGCAGCUCUUGACAAAUUAUGAGUGCCACUAUUAAUAAUUAUAGACAUAAAGUGAAGGGUCAGUUAUCUAAUCCAUGAUGCAUGAUUCAAACAAAAUAAAUGUAUAGUUAAAGAAGCUAUAAUAGGCAAAUUUCCUAAGCAAACAAAAAUAAAAUUAGUCAACCGAGGAAAGUGAAAAAAAGAUUACUACGUAAAAUUAAAAUCGAUCCACUGUCUUCAGUCUUCACCAAUAUAAUUAACAAUAGUCACUAGAUUUUUUCUUAAAGAUUUAUCAUUACGAAAAAUAUUAAAUAUUAUUAUUCGACAUAUUAAUUAACAUGGAAGGAUAUAGAAUUAUUCAUUUCUGAAGACCGAAAAAAGAAGCUAAAAGGAAAAGAUUGGUUAACGAUGUAAUUCUACUUUCAAACAAUCUUUUCAUUAAGUCGUUGGGCUGAUAAAGUCUGUUUCGCACAGCCUUAUAAAUUACGCGAGUGAACGGCUUAUAUAUUAAUCGACCACUUAAAUAACAAACACAAAAAAAUUGAUAUUUGUUGACCGACUUGUUUGAGUCUUGGCCUAAAUUGGCGUCAAACUUUAUAUAAGACAUAGCUAUAUACUUUUGUUCUAUGCAAUUUGUUUGUAUUAAUAUUAGGGUGUUUAUUGUUUUUGCUUUACAUUUUAAUAUUCUUGUAAAGAAAAUCUACAUUAAUCUAGUGUUUUAUAUAACAACUUACAAUAUUUUAUUUUGUCUUACUCCUUGGACCACACCGACGGUCUCGUAUCGCACUCUAAUUUUAUAGUUGCAUUUGAAAAAGAAAAAAAUCAAACACCAAAGUUCAAGAAGACUUUUUCUACAUGUAGUAGAAUCCCCUAUUUUAAUACACAAAACGGUUUGUUUUACUUUUUCUUAUGAUCAUUUUGAUUAUAUUAAAACCCAACCGAUCGUCACUCUCCACCCAAUUUACUCCUCAGCCUUUAUAUAAACAACCCUUUCCUCGUAAAACUUUUCAUAAGCUAAUUAACAUAGGCGUUAAAACAAAUAAUAACCUAUGAAGGUGUCAAAUGAGACGGUGGAGAGAAUCGAACUCCGGCAACCGUUGGUGGACACGGAGAAGAAACCUCGGUUCGAGGUCGGGCUCGAAAGCGUGUUAACUGAUAGUAGCUUGCCUUACCGGAGGCGCGUGUACUUAGGCGUGUGCAUAGAGUUGAAACUACUUUUCCGGUUGGCACUUCCGGCGAUACUUGUCUAUUUAAUCAACGGUGGAAUGGGUAUUUCCGCUCGUAUCUUCGCCGGACAUCUCGGCAGUAACCAACUCGCCGCCGCGUCCAUCGGAAACAGCUGCUUCAGUCUCGUUUAUGCCCUCAUGUUGGGCAUGGGUAGUGCGGUCGAGACACUAUGUGGACAAGCCUAUGGAGCCCAUCGAUACGAGAUGCUUGGGAUCUAUCUACAAAGAGCAACCAUUGUCCUUGCUCUUGUUGGCUUACCUAUGACAAUACUAUACACCUUCUCGUACCCGAUUCUUCUCCUCUUAGGCGAGCCCAAAACGGUAUCAUACAUGGGAUCUUUAUACAUCGCCGGACUCAUCCCUCAAAUCUUUGCUUACGCCGUCUACUUCACGGCCCAAAAGUUCCUCCAGGCCCAAAGCGUGGUGGCUCCCAGCGCGUACAUCUCAGCCGCCGCACUCCUCCUCCAGAUAUCGCUUUCGUGGAUCACCGUUUAUGUAAUGGGCUUGGGCCUCAUGGGUAUAGCUUAUGUUCUUACGAUCUCUUGGUGGGUCAUUGUUGGAGCCCAAACGUCUUACAUUAUAGUUAGCGUAAGGUUUAAAGACACUUGGACUGGAGUUAGCUGGAAAUCUCUCCAUGGUCUUUGGAGCUUCUUUAAACUAUCUGCUGGCUCUGCUGUAAUGAUCUGUUUGGAAUUGUGGUAUACACAGAUUCUAGUUCUUCUCGCCGGUUUGCUCAAAGAUCCUGCACUCUCUCUAGAUUCUCUAUCUAUAUGUAUGUCAAUUUCAGCAUUAUCAUUCAUGGUCUCCGUCGGCUUUAAUGCAGCUGUAAGUGUGCGUACAAGUAAUGAGCUUGGAGCAGGAAAUCCGAAAUCCGUGUUGUUCUCUACAUGGACAGCGACUUUUGUUUCCUUCGUGAUCUCCGUCGUGGAGGCACUUGUCGUGAUUGCGUCACGUGAUAACGUCAGCUACGUUUUCACGUCAGAUGCUGACGUGGCUAAAGCCGUCUCUGAUCUCUGUCCUUUUCUCGCCGUCACCAUUAUUCUUAACGGAAUCCAACCUGUCUUGUCCGGAGUGGCAGUGGGAUGUGGAUGGCAGACAUACGUGGCAUAUGUGAAUGUUGGUUGUUACUAUAUUGUUGGUAUUCCCAUUGGAUGUAUUCUCGGCUUCACUUUCAAUUUUCAAGCCAAGGGAAUAUGGACCGGGAUGAUUGGAGGUACCCUCAUUCAAACACUCAUCUUACUUUACGUCACAUAUCGAGCUGAUUGGGAUAAAGAGGUAAUGUUACAUGAAAUUGAGUGGAAAAAGCAAGAAAACGACUGGAUAUGUGGGACGACAAAUAGUCUUUCCAGAAUUAGUAAUGAAUUUAUAUGAAGUACUUUCUUUUUAGAAAACAAGAUCCUUUUUAAAAAGAUUUUUUGUUUUCCAUUAAACAAACUUUCACUAGAUUUUUUUUUUCUUGGGAAAACUAUUUUUGGCUAAUUCUGAUGGAUUAGUCUCAAUCUAGUAAAGGCUGUUUUUAAAUGGAUCUAUGUAUUCUUGUUUUUGAAGUAAGUAAUGAUUUAUCAUGAAUGUUAAUGUAACAGUUAACUAGCAUAUCAAUGUAGCUUGGUUUUACAGUUUCCUUUACCCAUGUUUAAUAAAUAAUUUUUGUUUGGUUUGAUUUGAUUUCA